AGCGGCGCGGCCGCCACUGCGCACGCGUCCCGCUGCCGGUGUCGCGUUCCCUCGGCGCCUCCAGUCGCGGCACCCAGAUCAGGGGACCCCACCAGGGACCCUUCCAUCUCGCCCGCACCAGCUCCCCGCGGAUCAUCAGCAAUCAUCAUCAUCAUCAACAGCAGCAGCAGCGAUGACGUCCCGCUCUCGGAACGGGCCCGGAGCCCCGGGUCAGGGUUCCCGCUACGUGCCGCACACGCCCAAGAAGAGCUCCUCCCGAGAGCUCAACCCAUACCUCUCCGACGUGCGGCCAGAGAACCGGCACACCCUGUGCACCAUCAUGUCGCAGCUGGCGGAGGAGUCGUCUCCGAUGUUUGCCGUGACCCCGAGGUCGCGCGCCGUGAGCGAGGAUACGGACGUGCGCUUCACGUGCACCGUGAGCGGCCACCCAGAGCCCGAGGUCCUGUGGUAUCGUGACGAUGAACAGCUCGACCGGUUCUGCGGGCUGCCCAAAUAUGAAAUCCUGCGCGAGGGAAAAGUGCACACACUCAAGGUGUACCGGUGCACGGAGGAGGACGCGGCCAUCUACCAGGUGUCGGCGCGAAACACCAAGGGCAUUGUGUCCUGCUCCGCCGUGCUGGAGGUGGCCACCAUGAACGAGUUCAAGAUCCACCAGCGCUGGUUCAACAAACUGAAGGCCAAGGCAGAGGCGCGGCGCUGCGAGGCCGCGCGGGCACCCGGCAAGGAAAACAAGGGCACGGCAGCGCAUGACGGCGCCACCCCGGCAACAACCGCAGCGGCCGGCACGGCGACCUCCUGGCACCGCAGCCCCGAGUCGCGGACGCGCCGCAAACGCCGCUCGCCCGACCUCCGCAAUCCAUCGCCGUCUUCAUCGCCGUCUUCGGUCCGUGCUGAGCGAGCGAGGAGCCGGGCCACCUCGUCGCCCAAGAGGGCGGCGCAUGCGCCACGUCUCAGCGGCUCAUCUGAGCCUGGGGGCGGCCCCCUCACUGGGCCCCUUGUCGGGCCCGUGUCUCCGCCCAAGCGGGUCGCGGGUCGCGGCGAGGCCAGCCAGGACGCAGCGGACGCAAAGCUCAAUGGUUUCCACGGUGGGCUGGGCUCUGUAGACCGGAAGGCUUCGUGGAAGUCUGGCUCCGCGCGGGGCAAGGAGGACCGCGGUCGCGGCGAUGGGUCCCAUGGGGACCCAGACGACGGUGGAGACAGCGGUGGUGGUGGCGGCUCGGUGGUGUACGUAAUGGAGACGGUGGAGGAGAUCAUCACCACGCGCCCCGCACACAAACCCGACGCUGCACACUUUAAGAGGAGCAGGGCGACCGGGGAGUCGGCCGCCAUCGUAACCCUGAAGGUCGUGGACGAAGCAGAACAGCACGAGCGGCAGCAUGAGAAGCAGCCCGAGGAGGAGCGAUCGCCGGAUGCAAAGGUCCCGACGGUGGGCGAGUACCUGCGCGAGCUCCUACACGGUGCUCAUGACGGGAGCAAGCUGAGCGACACAUCCCAGCCCAGCGAGCUGAGCGCCUCCGAGAUGGAGUCAGAGAAAACGAGCGAGGAUGACACGAGGUCUUCGGCGAGCACCACCCCCACGGAAGUGCUCGGUUUCCCCGCGUCUCCCGCACGGAGCCCCGACGAAUUCGACACGGCGAUGAGCACGGGCGGCACGGACAACGAGACCGGCGGUCACUCGGGGCGAAUGCCGGCGAGCGAGCCUCCGUUCUCGCCGGCGUCGCGCCCCAAUACGAGCCCAGGGCAGGGCACAACUGACGCGGAGAGCGAUGCGUGCGAAGAUUUAUAUGAUACGGCGGACGAGGAGAGCGCCACAUCUCCCGACUACAGCUCAGAGGCCGUUGACUCCUCGUCGGAUGUGACAGAGGAGUUUGGGGACUCAUACUACACGCUGUCAGAUGGCCUCCCCUCACCCGACUCGGACCGCACGGAGACACCACUCUACUUCUACUCACCCAAUGAGACACCCCUGCCGAGCGACGACACGGACACGGUCUCCAGCGGCGGUUGGUUCACCGCCCGCGCCUCAUCCUCCACCGGCGACUCCAGCGUGGCCCCGGCCAGCACUGACACCAGCACGGAGACCAGCACGGAGACCAGCAGCGGCUCCGGCAGGAGCAGUAGCCUUCUGGGCAGCCUGGCCUACCUGGCAGGCAGCCCCGAGGCUGCGGGCAUUGCUUGGAAUGCGCGUGCAAACCGCGGGUCAAGUGAUGAUGGCGCUUUGCGCGUCGCAGGCACGUGGCGGCAAGGGGCGGCGCCGCGGCCGGUGCAAAGCGCCGGCCUCAACCUGCCGCUGAUCCCACCCCCCCCCGCGCUGCCGCUAGUUCCACGGUCACCGCGACAGCAGCCAGCGCAGUCACCGGUGGAGUACUACGUGGUGGAGGGCCCGCGGCGCCGUGCCACGCCAGGGCCCCACGGGAGAAUGCACCGUGACGAGUACUUCCAGACGUCGGGCCCAAGCCCACCGCCGGACUCCCCGGAGGCCGCCAUGAUGCUGCUGCAUCGGAGCCGGUGGGCGUCUGGAGGCUUCGUGCAGGCUCCACACCCCGGCGUGGCAGACGCCCAUCACGAGGGGGGCCGUCGGGACGUGGUGGUGGAAGCGGGCAGCCAGCGCCCCCCAUCCUCCCAACUCAGCACCGACUCAACGGACGACACAUGCUCGUACGCUCACAUCACAUCGCCACUCGGCGUGUCCUCCGAGGACUCGUCCAGCACCACAGAGACGGAGCCCGACCUGUGGCACCCCGUGAAGGAGGGCCCCCCCGUCGAGCCAGGGCCUCCUGUGGAGCGGGCACCCCCUGCGGGGCCGGGGGUCUCCUCGGAACGAGUGACGCUGGAGAUGCAAGAGAGCGAAAUGAGGCCGGGCGGCGUGACGACGGAUGGGGGCAUUGCCCCGCGUGCCAACGUCAGCUCGCGGAGGCCGGCCGGAGAAAGCAGAGUUGAUGAGCAAAGGGCUCGUGGGAAGAAGGUUUGCCAUACGGCUAACGUGGAAACCUCCGACAAAGGUUUGCGAGCGGAGGGACAUCAUGAUGGCCAGCAAGUGCCUGUCCACGCCACAGUGGCCGCCGGGGCCGGGGGACAGAAAGCCGUAGUCGGAACCGACUCUGCGGCGGAGCGGCCGUCGGCUCCUCACUCGUGGGCGGGUGGCGCCACACGUUGUGAAGCUGACAAUACAGCAGCCAACGCCAUCAGCGUGGCCAGCGCCGGAGAAACGGGCGCGGCGGAGUCGGACAUUUACCUGGAGAACUUGGGACGGGAGAAGCAGCGAGCAGACAGUGGUGGGGAGAACGCGGGGAUACCGAGUGGAGGUGAGAGCAGCGCACGCGCUGACUCCUCAGUCUUCAUCUUCAAACUCCCCAAGGUGCCACCAGUGGUGAUGGAGCGAGCGGUGGAGGAGCAAGGGAAGGCUGAGCGCGAGCGGCAAGCGAGCGCCGCACCCCCUCCGCAGCAGCCUCGCCGGGCCGAGCCAAAAGACUACCUCGUCGUCGCUCAACAGGAUGCGGCGGCUGACGCCGACUUGGCAGUGUCCCCCGAGGAGCCCCUGAUUGACCGUGGCAAGGGUGGGGAUCCACCUGUGAAGGGAGAUGGAGUGGUUGGGAAAGCUAGACUUACGGAGUCCGCCGAGGACAGCGGCGAUGUGGGCAAAGACGUAUCUGCAGAGAGGCCUGGAACGGAUAACGCCAAUGAGUUGCAUGCCGCACCAAAACCGGUGCCGAUGGCGAGAAGCGAGGCCCUCGUAUCGGUGGAAACGGAGCAGCGCGGCGAGGAGGAGGGAGAGGAGCACAUCCCGGGGGGUUGCCCGGCGCUCCCGACCAUCCUGGUAGAAGACACGAGCACGGGGCUCACUCCUCGCAGCCCGCUGUUGGCGCGGCUACGCGGUGCCGGCAGCUCCCCGGAGACGGCGCGUCGGGCACUGCUGCCCUCGGCCACACCACAGGAGCUGGCGUCCGGAGCCCGCAGGAAGGUCUUCAUCCCCCGCGGCGCGGGCGACGCCGCCUCCGCACCACAACCUCCCGGCGGCGAGCAGGAAGGCGACGCGACGGAAAAACAACCGGUGUUGCUCAGCGCCGUCGCAUGCAGAUCGGACGCCGCCAAGCUGCUCCUCCCAACGACCGCUAGCCCGGACACGCAGGAACCGACGCCGGUCGACGGCGAAAGACCUGCUCCGGCCUCAGCCGCCGAGGCCUCCCUGGCAAAAGUAGACGCCAGACCGUCAGAGAAGGUGGCGGCACCACCUUCCCCAAAGGCAUCAUCCGUGAGGGCAGCUGCCCCCCAGGGCCCUGAGGCCUCCGAUGGGCCCAGGGGGGCCCCAGAUGCGACGACCAGCUCCCCCGGCUGCCUGCGCCGGCUCCGCGGCUGGGACGCGGUGCCGGGGCCUGCAGAGAGGGCCACCGAACACCCGAGCCCCGGCAGCGCGGAGGAGACCACCAGCACCGUGCACGACCCCUUCAAAGCACCCCAGCUGCUGCGAAAGAUCCGCGUGGACGCGUUCCCGGACCUUGCCGGCAACCUGAAGCUCUGGUGCCAGUUCUUCAAUGUCCUCACCAGCUCGCGCGUCUCCUGGAGCCGCAACGGGACACUCCUCACGGAGAUGGAGUUGAGCGCGGGGGACGAGGGCCCCACGUCACUGGCGCUGCCGCAGGCCUCGCGCAAGGACCACGGCCUCUACACGUGCACCGUGUCCAACCGGCACGGCACCGCGUCCGCGGAGCUGCACCUCACUCAUGAAGUCUUGCGGGAGCUGGUGAACAGAGAUGAGGUCAAAGACGGCGAGGAGAUCGAGAUGACGCCGCUGGUGUUCGCGAAGGGCGCGCGUGACACUAGCCACUGGGGCGACCGCUUCUUUGGACGCAUUAUUACGGAGGACGCGCCGCUGGGCGGCGCGGCGCACCGUAAGGUGUUCCGCACGCGUGUCGUCUAUGGGCUGGCGCCGCUCUUCGAGUCGGGCAGCGCGUGCGUCCUAAAGGUCCACGGCGCUAUCGCGUUCAGCACGCGCCGCGACACCGCCGCACUCGUCGCUAAGAACCAGAAGCUCACCGUCGAGGUGUGCAAGUCUCAGAACACGGCGCGGGAAUACUGCAAGCUGUUCAGCACUGAGGCGCGCACCGUGGAGGGGUUCGGAGGAGUCCCUGAGAUCGUUCCGGUAUUCAUGAUCUUCCGGCCGGGCAGCCACGUGCCCUACGCCUCGCUGGAGCCUGAGCUGGGUGGCCGCAUAGAGCGGUUUGUGCCGGAGGGGGCAGGGGGGACCCCGGGGGCCGAGGGAGAGGCCCACGAGAAGUGCCACACUCUCCGCCACUGGCUGUACCUGUGGACGAGCGGAAACCUCAUCGUGACCAAUGCCAAAGGUGUGGGCCUCACGCUAACGGAUGUAGAGGUGGCCACGCGUUUUCCUGAGACAGCGGAGUGGGGCCCCACUCCGGCUCCGCUUGCGCUCGAUGCCUUCCACGACGCUCACAGCUGCAACCGCUACUGCGCACUGCUGCGGCUGCGGCCUCUUAGAGGCCCCCCCCCGGGCCUCCCGGGGAGCCCACAGGCCACCCCCCGCGGCCUUGCCCCCCGCAGUCCGGGCGUGACCAGGAAGGGGGGUGUGACGGUGGCGGCGCCGCGCUCCAGCCCACAGACGGCGCGCAAGGCCACGCUGUCCGUGGGGGGCGGCGCCGGCAGCCCCUCUACACCACGGCGCGCCUCCUUCUCCAGCCCACAGUCCACACGCAAAUUCCUGUCCACCAGUCCGCAGGCUCCGCGGAAGCGAACGAUAUCAGGGGGACAGAGCCCCCGCCAGCCCUCCAGCCCCCAGGCCCCCCGCCGCGACGUCAGCUUGCGGGUGCAGGCGGCAUCACCGGCGGGGGCCGCUCCCUCCGUGGAAGCCGCCCCCCCCAUGGAAGCCGCCCCCCGUGCCCCCGGGGAUGAAACCAAUCGGGCAAACGGACGGUGCUGACGAGGGGGGGCGCAAACGAACACCGCGAAGUGUGCUCGCGGUUCCAUUUGUUUUACUAAUAAGAGUGAGCCCCCCACCCUCUUUAGACGUUCGAUUUCACAGACACUGCACAGCUUAAGAGAGCAACGCACGCCCCCGCGUUGGCAGGAUGUGGACAAUAACGACACGAGAAUCAGCCGCCCACUUGUACGGCGCUCGCUAAAAUACCUCGGCGACUUACGACUCUCCUCUCAACGUAAACAUUUGAGAGGGGGCGCCCGCAGUGGCAGCUGUCCCUGUGCGGCACGAAGGUGGCUCGGCACCUGGCCCGUAUGCGGGCACGAAUCUGCCAGUAGCGGGGGAUGAUGUUGCUGUGUGUGAUCCCAAGUGGAGUCAUUUGUGGUGUAACUUUCGAAUUUGGGCCUAGACGCCGGCACAUGGUCGGCCGACUCUCGCGAAUGACGUCGCAGGAUUCUUAACACCCACUGCGCGUGGAGCAAACGGCGUGGCAGUGUUGGUGGUUACGGUAAACGCGGGCAGGGGCUGACGGGGGGGGUGGGGGGCUAUGCACUCAGCGACGGGUGUUUGUUGUGAUGUUUGUGUUACCGCGCUCGCUGCCACGCACCUGCGCUCGCCUAAGUUCGCACUCUGCACCGCACACCCCACUUAGCUGCACGAGGCAGCCGCUGCUGCCGGUGACGCACGCGGGGUCUGGCUGAGUGGGCGCCACCGCGGCUCGGACUCCGAUGUAAAUAAAAGAGGCCCCAGCGCGCGGCGCUGUCAACACUCGUGCGUGAGUGAGAAGUGUGCACACGCCUCACCAACACUACCUCACCACACCAGUACUACCACACUGUGCACGCCUCACCAGCACCACCUCACCAAGUACGCCUCAACAGCACGACCACCUGAAUCUCACCCCCCUGCGCCUCCCACCCUCAGGGUUUCACUCAGUCGUCCUCUCGGCAGUCAAGGCAAACUCGUCGGCCAGUGGCUGCAUCUGUGGUACUGAAGCUGUGCCACUGCUGCUGCUGCCCACUGCACGUAUUUAAUUAUGUGCCAUUAAAUGAAUAGGGAAGUUUAACCUCUGUAGGCCCCAUUAUCAUUUCCUCGUUCGGCCCCGCACCUUUCCUCUUUAGGCCCUGCUCCAGCUUUAGGCCCCGCCUCUUUCUGUUUAGGCCCCGCCUCUUUCCGUUUAGACCCGCCCAUUCUUCCCAGACACGGGGUGGGGCUUGUUUGGGGAGCG